AUGAGGGUGAGGAAGUCUCUUCUCCGACAGCCCGCGGAGCACGCCCCGGGCCCAGAGGAGGACCAAAACUCCCUGGACUUGUCCUUCACACUGAUGGACAUGGCCUCUCUAGUGAAAAGUGGUGGGGACCGUCCACAUGGGUCAUACCUACAGACGACACAGAUGAACCCGGAGUAUUCCGGUGCGCGCUUGCCCUCGUGCGCCUUGACCGUGGGUCCCUCGUCGCAGUCAGAUCAACAAGACGGAAACCAGCAUCAUCCUCCGCCCUCUCCUCUGAUAGUCAACGGCAGUGGUGCACACUCUGCUUCAGUCUGUGUGCUGCGUCGUUGCCAUCGUGGAUUCCUCCCAGACCCUGCCCCUCCUCCUGCCUCCCCAUUCUCCUGUUGGUAUCCUGCCAUCGAGUCCUGCGGUGGCCCCUCAGGGCGGCGACCGCUGGCGCUCACCAUGAUUGGUCCUGGCUCGGACGACAAGCCAGCUCCAGCACGUUCGCCCUACAUGCGGGACUCAAGCCAACACAGUGUCAGUCUACUGCAAUGA